CAUAGUCAGUGUCUUUCCGCGGACUGUUUACCCAAUCAAUGCUUCACGCUUCACAUUCGUCCGAACGUGAAUAUUCUCGUGCAUUCCAACUUUUUUUCUUCCCGCUUACCAUAUCUUGCAUUCUGGACCAGGUAGACACAUGAGGACCGGUCGAACCGCUGGGCUAAUCCGCGUCACCGGCUGGAUUUGCAGGUCAUUUCGGGCACACCAAGCUGCCGGUAAAAGGCGAGCUGUGCCGGCAAGCAGUCGCACCUAUUCGAGCACCGGUAUCGAUAUUCCUCCACGAGGCAAACUCCCUGACAAACCUGCACGAACGCGAUUCGCUCCAUCGCCUACCGGAAACCUCCACCUGGGAUCUAUACGAACGGCACUGUUCAAUUACCUGCUGGCAAGGGCAACAAAAGGACAGUUUCUGUUACGAAUAGAAGAUACAGAUGCAAAAAGAACGGUACCUGGCGCGGAGGAACAACUAUACAAAGACCUGAGAUGGGCUGGUCUGGAAUGGGAUGAAGGCCCUGUCGUAGGAGGUCCCUACGGCCCCUACAGACAAUCCGAACGACUCCCACUGUACGAACAGCACAUCGACAACCUCCUAAGGUCAGGCCACGCCUACCGGUGCUUCUGUCCAUCCGAACGCCUCGAUGAACUCAAUCGACGUCGGCACGAGAAGGGUCUCAGUCUAGGCUACGACCGCAAGUGUCUACAAGGAUCCUCAGCAGAAGCCGAAGAAAGAGCGCACCGCGGCGACAAGCAUGUCAUCCGCUUUCGAUCUCCAGACCAAUGGCCACGCUACACCGACUUGGUCUACGGUAAGAGUGGACACGGCGCCGAAAAGGCCAAGAAGCUCCUCGUCGACGAGCCAGUCUACGAAGACGCCAUCCUGAUGAAGUCCGACGGCUACCCGACCUACCACUGGGCCAACGUCUGCGACGACCACGAAAUGCACAUCACCCACGUCGUCCGUGGCUCAGAAUGGAUGGCCUCGACACCUCUCCACGUAGCCUUGUACCAAUCCCUAAACUGGACUCCGCCGUUAUACGCCCAUGUACCGCUCCUCGUGGACGAAAAUCGCCAGAAACUAAGCAAACGCAACUUUGAUUCCGACAUUGCGAGUUUCCGGUCAAAAGGCGUUUUCCCAGAAGCUCUAGUCAACUUCGCGGCACUGCUAGGAUGGUCGCAUACGCAGAAAAAUGACGUGCUCGACCUGCCGCAACUCGAAUCUCUCUUCGACCUCAGAAUCACAAAGGGCAAUACCAUUGUGUCCUUCACCAAACUAGAAUACCUGCAAGUCCGACAUGCACGACGCAGGAUACAAGCUGGAGGUUCUGAGCUUGAGCAAAUAGUCCGUGACCUCGCAGUUGCAGUAUUGAACAAGUACGGCGCAGGCCAGGUCACGGCCUUCCUCGGCGGUCGACCUCUCCGUGACGUCCUGGCCUCCAUGCUCUCCGUAGAGUCAUUCAAGUACCGCUCCGCCUCCGAUUUUGCAGACCAGUGCUCGCUCUUCUUCGAACCUCCAACCACAACUCCAAACACAUUUGAAUCGGCAGGAAUCGAUAUAUCUCUAAUCCAUCCACUACGGGUCGCUGCGUCGACGGUCUGUCUUGUCCCAGUGUCCGAGUGGACGGAAGCGGUCCACUUAUCUCAAUUACAAGCGUUGGAACUCCCCCCUGACGACACAGUCGAUGCUCCGAAAUGGAAGAAGGAGCUGUACCACUACUUGCGUUGGGCGCUGCUGGGCGGACAUCGGGGUCCUACGAUCGCGAAAACGCUUGAAAUUCUGGGCAGAAAUGCGUCUGUGCAGAGAGUUCAAGCUGCUAAUCUAAAAGCUCAGGAGAUGGAGGUGGCGAGUAGUAAACCUAAGAUUCAGACCGAAGGGUUCAAAGGUGAUGUCGAUGGGAAGAGGCGCAUUGAGAAAAACUGGAAGGGAUACAGUCUGUAGAAACAUGCCAUUGGCGCUAUGAUACCCAUUUGUAUAGUUCCAGCUCAGCUCACAUGUAUCAUAUCAAGGGCAUGAUGAUUUUGAACCGCCUUCAUCGUUCGAAUCUAACAUCGUUGUCUUAUGAACCCUGUGUUUGUGUAGCUUUUGGUCGACCCAGUCAAGAAUCUUACAUGAGACCUUUCGCCUUGGAAACGCAUUUUUCCACGUACUCGG